AUGAAUGCUACCAAAAUUCGAAAAAUUCAAGCUAUCGGUAUAUUUUUAUUCAUUGGUUUGGUUUUAGAAGGAAUCGCACUUUUUACCAAUGGAUGGAUUUUUAUAAAUCUUUUAUUUGUAACAUAUAGCUAUGGAAUUGUGCCAUAUUAUUCGGUGAGUUAGCAGAAGUUUUCAAAAAAAAAAACCUAACCUGAGAUUUUUGCAGUACAAUCCUUUCUGGUACAAUUUUUCGAGUUGGCUUAUGUAUAUUUCGUUUGGUAUGUAUAUUGUGGUAGCGUUUGCGUUUUUACAUGCCGUGUGAGUUGUUUUUUGAAUUCUUUGCAGUUCGAGCUACAGUAUGCUAUGCAGUUCUAGGCAAAUUGGGAAAUUCUGGGAUUUUUGAGUUAGAAAAGUUUUUGUAGCUCUAGGUAAAGUAAUCCUUUCAGAUCAACAUUUUCGGAAUACGGUAGAUUUUGUAGUUCAAGUUACAGUAAUCCUUUUAAAUCAACAUUUAGGGAUACAGUAGCUUUUGUAGCUGUAGGUACAGUAAUCCUUGCAGUCUGAGAUUUUUAAGUUAGAAUAGCCCGUCUAGUACAGUAAUUCUUUCGAGAUUUCCAAAAUAAUUUAGCUGCGUACACAAGGAUUUUAGUUGAGUAAUUUGUCAAAAAGAAAGUUUUGGAGCUGAUGUCACCCCAGUUCGUGAUACAGUACGUCUUGCAGUCCUAGAUUUUAUGUACAGUACUUAGAAAAAAUAACUUUUUUUUCAGAAUAAGAAUUCGUCAACACGGAUGUUCGCAAAAAAUUCGUCACAGCUUCAAUGCCAUUUCUUCAGUCGCAACUAUAAUUGGAACAUUUGAAGGUGUCGCAUUUAUUGAAUUCGCAAUCAAUACCAGCAAUUAUGGAGGACUUCAUUUGACUACUGUAAGUCGAAUUGGGUUCAAAAAAAAAAAUUUUUUUUAAUUUUUUAUUUUUAGUUGGGAUAUUCGGCAUAUUUGGCACUGAUUUCUGCAAUUUUCACAUUUUUGGCCAGCGGAUUGUCACAGCAUGUUAGGAUUUAUGAUUGUUGUUAA